ACGCGCGCUGUCUCCUCAGGUGCGCGAGGGGGUCAGACUCAAACGGUCCGAUGAUGCUCGCUCUGCCCAAAUUGUAAGGAAAGCCGCAUCUCUGCGCCAGUUUGGUGGGCUAUAUUGCACGUGUGACGCCUGAGACGAGUGAGACCCAGAUUUUGGAGUCAUUUGAAGACUUAACCCAAACUCCCGAGGAGCUGCAAUAUGGCAUCUAUCGGGGAGUUUGACCCGUUAAACAGCAGCGUACCUGCCACCAAAAUAGAGAUCACCGUCUCGUGCAGGAAUUUGCUGGAUGUUGAUACCUUCUCAAGGUCAGCGCCAGUGAUUGUGUUGUAUGUUCAAGGAAUUGGUACUAAGGAGUGGAGAGAGUUUGGUCGAACAGAAGUGAUUGACAACACUCUGAACCCGGACUUUGUGAGGAAAUUUGUCUUGGAUUACUUCUUUGAAGAAAAGCAGAACCUUCGGUUUGACGUAUACAAUGUGGACUCCAGAAGCUCAAAUAUCUCAAAAUAUAAGUCCUUCCUCGGCCAGACUUUCUGCACUCUAGGAGAGAUUAUUGGGUCCUCUGGGUCAAGACUCGAGCGGGUGCUUUCGGGCAUUCCUGGGAAGAAGUGCGGGAGCAUUAUCUUCACAGCUGAGGAACUCAGCAACUGUCGGGACAUUGCAACCAUGCAACUCUGUGCUAACAAGUUGGAUAAGAAGGAUUUCUUUGGGAAGUCUGAUCCCUUCCUGGUGUUUUACCGCAGCAAUGAAGAUGGCACGUUCACUAUCUGUCACAAAACAGAGGUGAUAAAGAAUACUUUGAACCCUGUGUGGCAGCCCUUCACCAUCCCAGUGCGAGCUCUCUGUAACGGAGACUAUGACAGAACAGUGAAGGUUGAUGUUUAUGACUGGGACAGAGAUGGAAGUCAUGAUUUCAUCGGAGAGUUUACAACCAGCUACAGAGAGCUGUCUCGCGGACAGAGCCAAUUCAAUGUUUAUGAGGUUCUGAAUCCUAAGAAGAAAGGGAGGAAAAAGAAAUACGUCAACUCUGGCACGGUAACACUUUUGUCCUUCAAAGUGGAAUCGGAGUACACAUUUGUGGACUUCAUUCGAGGAGGAACACAGCUGAACUUCACUGUAGCCAUAGACUUCACCGCCUCUAAUGGAAACCCAUCACAGCCGACAUCGCUCCACUACAUGAACCCAUACCAGCUGAAUGCUUAUGCCAUGGCCCUUAAAGCCGUGGGGGAAAUCGUCCAGGAUUAUGACAGUGACAAACUCUUCCCUGCCUACGGCUUUGGAGCUAAACUCCCUCCUGAUGGCAAGAUCUCUCAUGCUUUUCCCCUGAACUCAGACUGUGAGAAUGCAAACUGCGUCGGCAUUGAAGGCGUGCUGGAGGCGUACUAUGACUGUCUCCGGAAAGUGCAGCUCUACGGCCCCACCAACUUUGCCCCUGUCAUCAACCAGGUGGCACAGUGUGCGUCAGAGGUGACAGAUGGCUCUCAGUACUUCGUGUUGCUGAUCAUCACAGACGGUGUCAUUUCCGACAUGGUACAGACUAGAGAAGCUGUGGUCACCGCGGCGUCUCUGCCCAUGUCAGUCAUAAUUAUAGGAGUUGGCCCUGCUGAAUUUGAUGCUAUGGAAGAGUUGGAUGGAGAUGAGGUCAGGGUGUCCUCCAGGGGACGUGCUGCUGAGAGAGACAUUGUCCAGUUUGUGCCAUUCCGGGACUACAUUGACCGAUCCGGGAACCAGGUGCUCAGCAUGGCCCGACUGGCCAAGGAUGUACUGGCUGAGAUACCCGACCAGCUGCUGUCGUUCAUGAAGAGCAGAUGCAUUGAACCCAGACCAGCCCUCUCCCCCUCUCCCACGCCACAGAUAAACGUCCACCUCUGAUCCUAGAGCAGUAUUUUAUUCUCAAACACAGCUAUAUGUUCACGUCUGAAACCCCCGGGUCCGUCACUGGGGAUGCACAUUUUUACUUUCCACAUCGGUUAGCAGUAGCACAUAAUGUAGUUACAAUAAUAAUCAACUGAAAUCAGGAACACGUUAAUGUAGGUGUGUGGUGUUAAUCUUUAUAAUCAGCCAGUGAUCAAUCAAAAACACAACAGUUUGUGCUGGCCUUGGAAUGGAAGAUGUGGGAGUAUAAAGGGGGUGAAUUUACUGAAAAGAAAUGUCUAGGUCAUAUUUCCCCCACAAAUCUAAAAGUUAGAAAAACACCUAAACAUUUGACAUAAAACACAAUUGACAAAUUAAAAUGAAUCCCAUAUACAGUAAAUAGAAAUGUAUUGCAUUGGGACAUUAUUUUCUCUUUCUCAAAUUCUCUCAUUACCCUAAAAUUAUUUAACUUAUUUACUGAAAUUAUAUAAUACAUUUAUAAUGACAAUUAUACUUUGGAGAAAUGUACUAAAUUGUCA